CAAAGAACUACAAAAGAAAAUGUGGAACUCUACAAUGUUUUAACACCCUAUCGCGAUGCAUGAAGUUCUCCCUGCGUUAAUUGACUAGAUCCGGAACCCAUCCCAUUCUCGAAAUCUGUAAUGAUGGGCCUCAAUGGAUCAACCAAGUCCCUGGUGAACGAAUCUGGAGCCCAUGGUACUACAUACUUGAUAUUGAUCCAGGUUGUUUCUCGAGCUUUAACAUUUCUGGCAAACCAACUCCUCCUACGGUAUCUAUCCCCAGAGAUAUUAGGAGUCACUACUCAGUUAGAACUCUAUACUGUCACCACGCUCUACUUCUCUCGUGAAAGCCUUAGAGUUGCCCUCCAACGACAACCUUCCAACUCUCAACGAUCGAGCCCUAUGAGCGCUACGGAAAAAGCUCAUACUGAGAAGCCAGGAGAAUCCAAAUCAUACAGUUAUCAGGAAGAUAUUCAGGCUGUCGUAAACCUUUCUUAUCUGGUGGUUGCACUAGGUGGUCCUCUGAUUUAUAUUCUGGGCCUAUUUUAUGCUCGAUAUGCCCACCAAGAUGUUCUCGAUAUACCAUUCUUCGAAAGCAGUCUCAAAGUGACAGGCUUUGCAUGCUUCUUGGAGCUCUUGACAGAACCGUGUUUUGCUGUAGUCCAACAUCGGAUGCUGUAUAAAACAAGGGCAUUGGUUGAAACAACAGCUGCCGUUAUGAAAGCUUCGACAACAUGCGGGACCAGUAUAUGGGCAGCUCAUACCGGAAGGGACCUAGGCGUUUUACCCUUUGCUGUAGGCCAAACAGCUUAUGCGUUUACUCUUCUUGUUGCCUAUUUCCUUACAGUUAGCUCAUAUUCAAACCGAGGUGGCUUCUCGGUAUUUCCUCUUCCCAUCCGCUGCCGAGAAAAAUCCGAUUAUUUUUUGAAUAUGUUCUCUAUCCCGCUACUAUCCCUCAGUAUCAAUAUCUAUGCCCAGUCCGUGGUGAAGCACAUCCUCACCCAAGGUGACUCAAUGGCGCUUGCUACGUUUUCCACCCUUGAAGAGCAAGGCCUGUAUGCACUGGCCUCCAACUAUGGAAGUCUUGUUGCAAGGAUUAUUUUCCAGCCUAUCGAGGAAAGCUCCCGGAAUUUAUUUGGAAAGCUUCUCGCCAUCAACAAGUCGGAACCGACAACUAAGGAGAGCCUGAAACUGGGCAAGACAUACCUCUGUGGUAUCCUCCACGCUUACGGUAUAUUUUCGAUCAUGAUCUGCGCUUUAGGUCCAACCAUAGUCCCAGAGUUACUCAAGCUCCUAAUAGGCUCUCAGUGGUCACCCCCUGGCAUCCAAAGCAUCCUCUCGAACUACUGUUACUACAUUCCGCUGCUAGCAUUCAACGGCAUCACCGAGGCCUUCGUCGCCUCAACGGCAACACACUCGGAGCUACGACAACAAGCUGGCUGGAUGGGAGCUUGCUCUGCUGGAUUCAUUACUGCAGCCUAUUUGUUUUUGAGAAUAGGAAAAUUGGGUGCUAGCGGGAUCAUAUGGGCAAACCUCAUGAACUUGACUCUUCGCAUUGUUUGGAGUUCCUGGUUCAUCAAAAGAUACUUCCGAGAUCGCAAAGUUGCUUUUAGAAUAACGGAAGCAUUGCCAAACUCGGAAUCUGCUGUGGUUGGUGGUUUAGCUUACGCUGUUAUGUGGGGCCUGCGAUCCGGCGCUGAAUCUAAGCUUUGGGAAAUCAUCAGAAUACUCGUUGUUGGAGGCAUGUUCGCGGUUUCAAUUCUAUUUCUAGAGAGGAGGUAUCUCUUUGAACAGUAUCGCAAAUCCAAAGCAGCAUAAAUGAGAACCCAAAUGAUACAUCUAAUCGUCAAACUUGAUUUUGGUCGCCGUUUUCGUCGUGUCAGCCUCCUUGAAAAAGGCGCCAUAAGAAUCGUGCUGCUUCUUUUUCACAGUGGUGCCGAAUUUCAAGAGCGCUUCGGGUACAUCUUGUUUAGCUCCCUUCAGGAUAUUAACCAGUCUAUGUGAUGUCAGCUUUACGUCCGCAACAAUGACAACGGAUAUCCCAAACUCACCCGCCAGAGAGUCCUUUGUCGUUCUCGGUGAACAUCGUAAUGGCCAAUCCAUCCGAACCUGCCCGACCCGUUCUAGUAUACCGGUUAGUUACCUCAAUAUCACUAUUAUUCAGUACACGGUGGUGAUCUUACCUUCCGAUUCGAUGGACGUAGUCUUCAACUGUUAAGGGAAAUGUGACAUUUAGGACCAGUUUGACAGCUGGAAUGUCUAGCCCACGGGCAGCAACAUCCGUCGCAACCAGAAGAGGUACGGAACCGGAUUUAAAUGCAUCCAGACUCUUAAAGCGUUCCGUCUGGUUCAUGUCACCGUGAAUACCAGCAACCUUGAAACCUUUGGAGCGGAUAAACCGUUCAAUGCGCGUUGCCUCCUUCUUGUAAAGACAGAAUACCAAUACUUUAUCCAUAGCAUUUUUGCCCCGUUGGUAUUGGUUUAAUAACGACAAAAGCCUAUACUCCUUGUCCUCUGGUUUCACGACUUCCACAAUCUGCUUGAUCCUCGUGUUGGCACGGAUGUCGGAAGAGAGAUCGCCUCCAAUCGUAACAGUCACUGGAUCUUUCAUAAAGGUAGCCGCAAGUUUCCGUACAGACAUAGGCCAAGUUGCGGUAAACAUGACCGUCUGGCGUUUUCUUGACGAAGGCAUGGCGCCCACGAUAUCUUUGAUGUCUUGCUCGAAGCCUUUAUCCAACAUCCUGUCGGCUUCGUCUAGUACAAGGUACUUCACUUUUUGCAAGUCUAGGGACUGGUCGCUGUGCAAAUCCUUUAACCUCCCCGGUGUUGCGACAACAACAGAUGCUUUCUUCAGUGCACGGCGCUGAUCGUCCUUCGAAGCGCCUCCGUAUAUGCAUGCGAGGCCAACGCCUUUUGGGGUGAACUUGACUAGCUGAUCGUAAAUUUGCAUAGCCAGCUCUCUUGUAGGGGUAAUGAUGACAGCAGAAAUUCGAGAUGACGAGCGAGAAGCAUUGAUUGCCAACACUUUUCGAAUGCAAGGGACGCCGAAAGCCAAUGUUUUCCCACUUCCUGUUUCAGCGACACCGAUGACAUCUCUGCCUGCGAAUAAAAAUGGCCAUGUGACGGAUUGAAUUGGAGUCGGUUUCGAGAAGUUCUCUAGAGGGCCAUACAGCUGGUUGGAAUCCGAAGGUAGGUAGGAGAACGCAGUGAUAGGACGUAAUGUCUCAUUCUCACUGACUGAGGGAUCCGAAAUCUGGAUGGUAUUGGACUUGAGGAAGUCGUCAAUCUCGGACUGAGGCAGCGCUUCCAGAUCGGUAGAUUGGACGUAGGAAGGUUGCUUAGGCUUAGCAUCUUCCUUGGAUCUUUUUUUUGGUCGAGAAGCAUGCUCUGAAUUAGAUUCCGUAUUCCGACUCCGUUUAGCCAUAUUUUCUGUCAGCUGGAGAUUAAUCGGUUACAAUGGAAUCAAUUCAAUGUUGUGCACGUUGAAAAUAGCCAAAUACCUACCUUACGGUAGACUGGAAACCGGAAUUGGUACUGCUGAUGGUGAAAAUGUCGACCCUAGGCGAUGUAGUGCUCGUGGAAUGCGAUAAAGAUGAAAUAUCUGGCCGAUUCCCCAAUUUAUAUAAAAGAACGUGAAUUUUGCGAUAAAUUCUGCCACGAUUCUUCACCGCCUAUAGCUUGGCAUAUGAUACAAUGACUAGUUCACAUCCAUGGAUAUACAUUGUCAGUAUUUGUCUAAAAACAUUUAUUUCUUCUACCAUAGUGACCAUAUUUAGCAUAUGGAAAGCGAAAACAUAAAACAAAACCGAGAAAUUCAAAGUAAAAUGCCUCUAUAUCAUCCAUUAAUCAUACUCGCUCUCAAAAAAGCCUUUCACAGGCCUAUCUAUCUUCUACCAUCAGACUUCUCCAAUGGUGCAGAUGAUUUUUCCUUUGGUCUGGUUACUUUCCAUGAGCACAUGGGCAUCUAUGACAUUCUCGAACGGGAAGACUUUCUCAACAUAUACUUUGAAUGUCCCGUCUUUGAAUUUAGGCAUUGCAUCCAGCACCAGGUCCCGAAGCUUUCUCUGAUACACAGUAUCCCUACUCCGCAAAGAGCUGCCUUCGUACCUCAACCUCUUCCUCAGAAUUGGACUGAUAUCAACACCAGCGGGCAGCUUGAUGCCACCUAAGAAGCCGAGGUUGACAAUGCGGCCGUCCUUCGCGGCCGCGUCAAGAUUUCCUUGAAAGUAACUUGCACCGACGAAGUCAAUGAUCACAUCGACUCCGCGGCCAUUCGUAGCCUUGGUCAGCUCGGCAGCCCAGUCCUGGGUCUUAUAAUUAAACCCGGCCGUGGCCCCGAGAUUCUUGACACAGAAGUCGAUUUUCUCCUGCGAGCUGGCCGUAACGUAAAUAUUGCUCGCGUUGUCCGCUUUCGAGAGCUGGAUGCCAGAGAUGGAAACAGCUGAUGCGCCUGCAUGCCAAAGAAUUGAUUUGCCUGGCUUAAAUUCACCUACUAAAUACAUAGCCUGGGCUGCUGUGAACCAUGUCUGUAAGAUUGUAGUUUGAGGGUAAUUAGUAUGCGACAUAACAUAUCUGUGGGGCGGUUGAGAGAUUCGUUACCUCUGGUAUUCCCGC